CUUCUCACAAACGAGGACCAGAUCCAGUCAGGGAAAAUGGUGAAAUUUGGAAUCAAUGGAUUUGGGCGUAUUGGUCGCCUGGUGACCCGUGCUGCUUUCAUCACAGGAAAAGCCACUGUUGUUGCCAUCAAUGACCCCUUCAUUGAUGUGGAUUACAUGGUGUACAUGUUCAAGUACGAUUCCACUCAUGGACGUUUCCAUGGUGAAGUGAAGGCAGUAGAUGGAAAGCUGGUCAUCAAUGGCCAUGCUAUCACCAUCUUCCAUGAGAGGGACCCUGCUGACAUCAAGUGGAGUGAAGCCGGUGCUGACUACGUUGUGGAGUCCACUGGAGUUUUCACCACCAUCGACAAAGCUUCUGCUCAUCUGAAAGGAGGUGCCAAGAGGGUCAUCAUCUCUGCUCCUAGUGCUGAUGCCCCCAUGUUUGUGGUGGGAGUCAACCACCCGAAAUAUGAUAACUCCAUGAAGGUCGUCAGCAAUGCCUCCUGCACAACAAACUGCCUGGCUCCCCUGGCAAAAGUCAUCCAUGAACACUUUGUCAUUAUUGAGGGACUCAUGAGCACUGUACAUGCUGUCACAGCCACCCAAAAGACAGUGGAUGGGCCCUCUGGCAAGCUGUGGAGAGAUGGACGUGGUGCCAGCCAGAACAUCAUCCCUGCUUCCACUGGUGCAGCCAAGGCUGUGGGCAAGGUCAUCCCUGAACUCAAUGGCAAGUUGACUGGAAUGUCCUUCCGUGUCCCCACCCCCAAUGUAUCAGUUGUUGACCUGACAGUCCGCCUGGAGAAGCCUGCCAAGUAUGACGAGAUCAAGAGAGUGAUUAAGGAGGCAGCUGAGGGACCCAUGAAGGGAAUUCUGGGAUACACAGAGGACGCCGUGGUGUCCACAGACUUCAAUGGCGAGGUCCGCUCCUCAGUCUUUGACGCCGGUGCAGGCAUUGCUCUCAACGAACACUUCGUCAAGCUCGUCUCAUGGUACGACAAUGAGUUCGGGUACAGCUACCGCGUCAUUGACCUGAUGCUCCACAUGGCCUCAAAGGAGUAAAGCUGUCGUUCUUUGUUAGGC